CCCUGCAGGUGACGGCGACCCCGACGCCCUGGACCCUGAGGAGACGACGGCGGGUCCAGCUUCCAGCGAAAGGAGGGGAGACGUUGCUCCUCGCUCUGAAGAAAGGAAAAGCAGCGUCCAGCAGCCGCCCUCUGAGGAGGGAGAGAAGCUGAAGGACUGCGUGGCGGAGGGCCUGGGCCUGUCUCUGGCUUUGCCUCACAGGAGCCCCAGAGGCCGCGGCCUGGCGUCCCGGAGAGCUGCUUGUUGUCGGUGCCGCCCCACGGCUCACUCAGCUGUGGACACUCGGUGUCUCGGACACCUCUGAGGGACCAGUAAUGGCCGUCACUGCUGGCCAGCACUCCUGGUGACCGGUGGCGGCCAUCACUGACGUCAUCUGGACAAGGCAGCCAGACUUGCGGAAGGGCCGUCCGCACUCCCAGGUGCCUGCGGGAACCUCACACGGGAACAGGCAGGAUCUGCAGGGGGCGUCAUGGAGUCGGGCCUGGGGGCCUCUCCCAGCAGGUUCCUGGGGCACAACUGGACACAGGUGGAAGUGUUCAUCCUGCAGGGCUUCUCCGAGCACCCCAAGCUGCGGCUGCCCCUGCUGGGCUGCUUCCUGGCCCUGUACACCCUGGCACUGGCAGGCAACACCAUCAUUCUUGUGCUGAUCAGCUGCAGCGCCAGCCUGCACAGCCCCAUGUACUUCUUCCUGUUCAACCUGGCCUCCAUGGACGUCAUCUGCACCUCGUCUGUGGUGCCCAAGACACUGGUGGGCCUGGUGUCAGAGACGGAGAACACCAUCUCCUUCCAGGGGUGCAUGGCCCAGCUCUUCUUCCUCGUCUGGUCAGCGUCUGCAGAGCUACUGCUGCUCACGGUCAUGGCCUAUGACCGCUACGUGGCCAUCUGCCACCCGCUGCACUACAGCUCCAUCAUGAGCCCACGGCUGUGUGGGGUAAUGGCCACGGCCGUCUGGACCAUCUGUGCCAUCAAUGCUUCUAUAAAUACCGGGCUGAUGGCGCGGCUGAACUUCUGUGGCCCCAACCUCAUCACACACUUCUUCUGCGAGAUCCCCCCGCUGCUCCUGCUCUCCUGCAGCCCCACCCUCAUCAACAGCAUCAUGACAGUCCUGGCCGACGCCUUCUAUGGGGUCAUCAACUUCAUGUUCACGCUGGGGUCCUACGGCUUCAUCAUCACCAGCAUCCUGCGCAUCCGCUCGGCUGAGGGCAAGCGGCGAGCCUUCUCCACCUGCUCCUCCCACCUGCUGGUGGUCUCCUUCUACUACUCAGCCGUGUUCUGUGCUUACAUCAGCCCAGCCUCCAGCUAUGAUUCCAAGAGAAGUAAAGUGUUUGCAGUAAUGUACACGAUGCUGGGCCCUGCCCUGAACCCCCUCAUCUACUCUCUGCGGAACGCUGAGGUCAAGCAGGCCCUGAGGAGACUCCUUAUCCUCUGCAGACGCUAAGGCCAUGUGCAAGCCCUUCUGCUGGUGGAUAUCCCUCCCGCCCCGGGUCUCCCUGAGACCAGGCUUAUAGAUUGAGACUGGCCAGCACCCUCUCUCCAGCCUAGCUUGGGUGCAGGCCAUGCUAGCUGAGCCAGGACACCUGGACACCCAGGAAGCCUCAGUGGGACCCAUUGCCCCAGGUGGGUAGGUGCUCUUGUACCUGCGACAGCAGUCAUCAACCUUGCUGGCCCUUGAACUUCACCCUAUGGGUCCCUCCAUCUUCUCAGCACUAGGACCUCCCAUGCACCCCAGCUCCAUCUGCACCCCCAUGGUACACCCUAUUGCCCCUACCACACUGGUCCUUUAUGGUGGCCCACUGUUUCUCAAUUUCUUGUAGGCCACACACCCCAGGGCUGGUCAUCUCCCAAACAUGCCCCACCUGGGCCUUGUGCCCUCACAGCCAGUGGGCUGAUGGGCUUGCAGCCUUUAUCCCAGUGGACGAUUCAUUGUCUGUCUGGGACAGCUUUCUCUUGGACCCUGUUGAGUUGUGUUCUCACAUUCUGGUCUUAUGUUGGUGUUUCCUGGGGAAAAACAGUCCUGCCCAGAAGUUCCUUUGAGCAUGUCUGCGGGGAGAGUGGGGCGGGUCUGGUACCACAUUUUGAGGUUGAACCAGGAGUGGGUGGGCCUCUUAUGGGCUCAUGUGUGGAGCCCUUGGAUAACUGGCUGAUGGGUGUGGGUCACUUCCACUGGCUGGGAAAGGGUACACACUGUCCAGUGCUAUCUGGGGCCAAGCAGCAUCCUUCCCAACAAAGGUGUCAUCUGGACAUGUGGGGUGACCACACCCAAUCUCUUCUGAUGAACUGUGUGCUCGUCACUAAGUUGUCCGAUCCACUGUCAGGAGUGUCAAAUGUGGGCACGCAGUAUCCGAGGGCUCUGAGAUGCACCAUGAAGAGGCAGCAGUCCUGCUCCUGGAGCUCUGGGUGUGGUGGGGAAGCCAUAGGAAGACAGAGCUUCUCAAGGAACAGGUGACAGACACACCCCCGCUGAGUCCCAGCCCUUCCGUUCUGCAGUCUCUUACACAUCCUGUGAUGCUCCCAGGCCUCGUUCUUCAGUUGCAGCCUUUUCUUCUCCACCUGCCAAAGGGCAGGAAGUUACAGCCAGGCCUUCAUGAGGGGAGUGUCUUACUCCAAACCACAGGUGAUACAAAAGCCAGAGGGAGGUGCCUCAGGUCCCCAUGUUCUUCCAGGUCCCGGUUGUCCCCUUCUUUCUACCCCAAACCACCCCAUUCCAUGGUUGGUUACUCAAGCUUGAGCUUCAUAGACUCUUUGUCUUCACCGGGAAAGGCUCCUAACCAGAGACAAACCCAUUCAAGCAAUUUUUGUGAAAUUAAUAAAAAUAUUGUAUGUCUACUGUUUAGUUUUUUAUCUAUUUUAUGUGAGACAUUGAUUUCCAAUGUUUUUUAUUGAAUUUUCCAUUUUCCUUUAUUUUAUCAAUUUUUGCUCUCUGUAUUUUGGUGUGUGUUAUUGGUUGCAUAUAUAUUUAUAAUUGAUAUGUUUUCCUGGUGGUUUGACACUUAUUGUUACAAUGUUUUUCUUUAUAUCUUUUUAUUUAAAGAUUAAUAUUAUUUAUUUAUAUAUACACAAGAACUGGGGUCUAGGUCAGGGGUGCAGGUUGUGGAGGUGAGAGGAUUCACCAGAGACAGAGUGGGGAACAAAUAGGCAGAUUUACUGAAAUACUCUGCUGAGGGUAGCAGUGGGUGUGACAGGAGAGGUCUGCUGCUCCAUAAGUGAGUCAGCUCCCUGGUUGGGGAUCGAAUUCAUGCCUCAGUGGCUGGCAAUAGCUUGAUAGUGCUGAGACUUAACCCCUGAGCCACCAGGGUGGCCCCUGUUCCAUUAUAUCUUUAUUGAUAAUACUUGUUUUAUAGUCAACUAUGUCUGCUGUUAGUAUAGCUGUUCCAGCUUUUUUGGUUGCUCUUUACAUAGUUUAUAUUUUUCCAUCUAUGUUAUUUUAAUCUGUAUCUUUGAUUUACGUGUGUCUUGAAGACAGCGUAUCAUUGCACCUUGAUUUUCAAACUCAGGUAGAAAUUACCUUAGAUUGAAUUUGUUUACUCCAUUGACAUUUAAUGCUAACAUUGAUACAGUGGAAUUUAUGUCUUCAAUAUUAAUUUCUGUGUUGUAUAUUUCCCAUGCUUUUAUUUUCUUCUAUUCUUCCAGUUUUAUUACCUGGAUAUUUUUAAUGUAUAAUUUUAAUUUCUUUAAAGUUUUUCAACUGUAUUGAAUUAUUUCCUUUGUAGUUGCUUUAGGGCUUUCCAUAUACUUUAUAAUGAUGAAAAUCAGCUUCAUAUUUGUGCUAAAUUAACUUUAGUAAGUUAUUGAGGCAUUCUCUAGUAGCUCUAGUUCUCUCCCCUGUUUUAUGUUAUAUGUAUAGGUUUUAUAUAUAUGUGAUUGUAAUAUAUAUAUAUAACACUUCCAUAAAUGUUGUAAUCCCAAGAAUUUAUAAUUGUUAACUUAUAUAAUUUUAUAUCCCUAAAUGAGUGUUCGAGAGGAUGGGUUAAAUAUCUUUAACUCUUGCUAUUUUGGCCACCUUAUUUUUCAUGUGAAUAUUGUAUUUGCUUUUGUGAAUUUGAGUUAACAUCUGGAAUAAAUUCAUUAGCCCAGAAUAACAUUGCUCCCUCCCAUUUCCUUUGUUUUCU